GAUCGGCAUUGUCACGAACACGGCUGACCCAAAAAUGGACACGCCGAACAAUUGCGUCAGAGGCCGAGCGAUUUCGUCGACGGCGACCGUGAUGGCGCAUAGACGCGUCGAGACUAUAUAAAUCGACUCUGAUGCAUCUCUACCUGAGAAACAUAAUCAAUCCCCUGACUAAUAUGCACCCCUUUUAUCACCACCAUCAUUUCCGUGGUCCAUCCCGCAUCAUCUGGUUCGCCCUCGGCGCAGGUGCUGCUACUCUAUGGCAUUGCAAUCGCCAGAUGCGCGAACAUUGUGCACAGUACUUUCCCUGCGUCAUGCAACCACGUCAUGCAGAAGGGGCUCAGGAACAUAGGUGGAACUUCACCCAUACUAGGAGGCAGCCUGACCGCAAUGGGGAUGGAACCGCAGGUUGGAAUCAACGAGAAUGGGAAGAGGACAAGGAACGCCUCAAGGAGAUUCAGAAGCGCGCCGAGGAUGCGAUGCUCGAUAUGUCUGAAUCCACCUUAGAGUCCAUUGUCUCUACCGUGGAAGCACUGAAAACUAAACUUGCCCAACACAAGACCCAACGCGAACAAGAACGAAAGAAUUACGAAGAAGAACUCGAGAGGCAAAAAAAAGAACCCCUUCGAUAUGUUUAAAUCAAAGUACGGUGCAUUACAUAUGUACAUCAUCACCCAUCCCUCGUUAUCCUUUUAAUUGGAUUUUGGCAUUGUAAACAACCACUAUAUAAUGACGCACGUUCACUUCUUGUUGACACUAAUCCUUUACAACUAUCACAUAAAGGUAUCAC